AUGUCGGCUAAAACGUGCUGUAUUUGUGGGAAGAGUGCAUAUCCAAUUGAAAGAACCAAUGCUGGUGGAAAGGAUUAUCAUAUCGCUUGCUUCAAAUGCAAGACUUGUGGUUUGAAGUUGAACAACUCCAACUUCUAUUAUGACCAACCAUCCGAGUCAGUCUAUUGCAAAAACCACGUCCCAAAGAAGACUUUCACUCAAGUCACCGACUCCGUUGCUAUGAAAGCUGCUUUGAACGCUCCAAAAAAAGAAUGUGAGAACCUUGGAACUGUCCAAAAGGGCGCUGGAGGAAAACCACACGACGUCGUCUUCGGUGCUGGUGCUGAAGGCGCUUCUCCAAGACAAGGAGAACAAGCCCCAGCUGAAGAAGUUCAAGAAGAACAACAAGAAUAA